AGUAACUAGAACUACCCUUACCUGCCCUCAAACGUCAAACUCAAGUCAAAUUUAGUUAUUGAACAUUUUGCUUGCAUUCCAAAAAUUCUUUUCAUUUUAGCUAUUGCCAAACAGUGGACGCUCUUAAGGACGUUUAUUUCGAAAAUAGCGACAAGUGGAACGAUUAUGAACGAAUACUUUAAAAGUUGUUAGAUUAUUCAGAGUCUGUCUGAUUCCUGACAGUUACCGAAUUCGAAUAUUAGCUUUAGCAAGCACACGAGCAAAAUGAGCAGUUUGAGACCCAUUAGUUCCCCCAACUACGAAUCGAAAUGUCCUAGAAAUGUUUACGAAAUGAACAAUGAAAGCAUGGUGUUUCAGCAAAAUGACUUGUUCCCUUUGGCUUUUCCAUGUAUGGAGGAAAUUCGCCGACAGGGACGCCUUUGUGAUGUGGUGUUAAAGAUUGACGGUCAAGACUUCAGCGCCCACAAGAUCGUCCUAGCCGCCACAAUCCCCUACUUCCAUGCAAUGUUCAUGAACGAUAUGGUCGAAUCUCGAAACAAAGAAAUCGAAAUGAAAUGCAUCGACGCCAUGGCCCUCGAAGCGCUCAUCAACUUCGCCUACUCGGGUCGCGUCGUCCUAGACAAAAACAACGUGCAAAGCAUCAUGAUCGGAGCUUCUUUCCUCCAGCUGAGCAAAGUGAGGGACGCUUGCGCCAACUACUUACUCCAAGGCUUGCACCCCCAAAACGCCAUAGGCUUCCGAGACUUCGCCGACAGCUUGGGCUGCAGAACGUUGGCAGACUCCGCCGAGAAGUACAUAGAGACCUACUUCCACGAGGUGUCGCUGCACGACGAGUAUUUAAACCUGUCCUUGGCCGAAGUCAAAGAUCUGCUCAACAAGAACGAGCUGAGGGUGGAGAGCGAGGAGCAGGUUUUUGAGGCUUGCAUGAGGUGGGUGAAGCACAGGGAUAGCAGAAAGGAGUUUUUGCCGGAGUUGUUGGCGUUGGUUAGGUUGCCGCUGCUGAGUCCGCUCUACAUUACGGACAGGGUGGGGACGGAAGAGGCCAUAAGGUAUUCGCUGCAGUGCAGGGAUUUGUUGGACGAGGCGAGAACUUACCAUUUGAUACCGGAGAGGCGAGCGUUGAUGCAGAGUUUUAAGACGGAACCACGGGCUUGCGAAGUUAAAGGGUAUAUUUACGUUGUGGGGGGUUUGAAUAAGCACGGGGAUUCUUUAAGUACUGUCGAAUACUAUGAUCCUAAGACGAAUAUGUGGCAUACAGCGCCACCUAUGUCGAUGUUGCGGUCAAGGUUAGGAGUGGCAGUUUUGCGAAGUCAGUUGUACGCGUUUGGUGGGUAUAAUGGGAAAGAUAGGUUGGCAAGUGUGGAGGUUUAUGAUGCUCUUAAGAAGGAGUGGUCUCCUGUCAGCCCCAUGCAGUGUAAGAGGAGCGCUCUAGGCGCCACGGCCCUCGGUGACAUCAUCUACGUCUGCGGCGGCUACGACGGCGUCACCUCCCUCAACUCCGUCGAGCGCUACCACCCCUUCACCAACACCUGGUGCUCGCUCGCCCCCAUGAAUAAAUCACGCAGCGCAGGCGCAGUCAUCGCCUGCCACGGCUACAUCUACGCCCUAGGGGGCCACGACGGUCUCUCGAUUUUCGAUUCGGUCGAACGUUACGACCCCAGCACCAACACCUGGACGGAGGCAGCCCCCAUGCUGACCAAACGCUGCCGUCUGGGGGUGGCCAUGCUGGGAGGAAAACUGUACGCUUGCGGGGGCUACGACGGGAGCACGUUCUUGCAGACUGUGGAAAUGUACAAUCCGACGACGAACAAGUGGACGUACGUCGCUCCCAUGAACGCACAAAGGAGCAGGGUGGCGUUGACUGCGAAUAUGGGCAAAUUGUGGGCUGUGGGUGGUUAUGAUGGGAUCUCGAAUUUGAUUUCUGUAGAAGUUUAUGACCCCAAGACUGAUCAGUGGACUUAUGCGGCUCCGAUGGUUGCGCAUGAAGGAGGGGUGGGGUUGGGGGUGAUUUCUGUUCCUUAAGAGGAGACAUAGAUGGUGAUUUUUAGAUGAUGUUACGCCAUGACUGUUGUAUAUUUUGAUUUAAAUAGGAUCUAGGUUAAGUGAUUUAUUUAAAUUUUAUUUAUGAUAUAAAUAAAGAGUCACAGGUAGA